GGCCUUACGUUUGAAACAAAACAAAGCUUUAGUAGUUGUUAUCCAAUCCUCUCCCUGUUCACUCAGACAGACAGAGAGAGACAGAGAAUGGGAAUUGCUCUAGUCUCAGUUCCAGCACCUCAUCAGAGCUUACUCUCUCAACGUCCAAACAUUAGCAGCAACACAUGGUUGCAUGGCUCAGCAACUACUUCCAUUAGAUACCCAUCUAAGCUCACCAUCCCUCACUGCUCUUCUUCAACUUCUGUUGUAGAAGAAGGCCUUCCUCCUCCUCCUCCACCACCUGAUUCACUUCCUGUACAGUCAGAAUCUGCCACCGAUGACACUGACAAGCUCCCUCUGAGGGGUUGUAAGGCCUGUGGGAGGGAAGAAAUAGAGAAUGGAUGCAAUGGUGAGGGUAGAAUUCAAGGUGGGAUAGCAACAUUUCCAGGCUUUGGCUGGUGGCCAAUAAAGGCUUACAGGCCUUGCCCUGGAUUUGUGGCAUCUGGCGGUAGGUAUACACGACGUGGGCAAAGCAUGGAUGAGGUUGCCUUUGGAAGGGGGGGGAGAGGAGCUGCUGUGGGGACUAGCGGUGAGGUUCAGUCAAGCAAGAAAAGUCAAGGUCCAAGUAAAUUUAAGAGAUAACUUGUGUGGUAAAGGAUUUUGAUUAAGACAAAGGCAGGGCCACCUAAAUAUGUGGGAGGGAGAUACAUUUGCAGCUAUAGUUGAAGCACUGAAGGAAGAUGCGAAAGAUCGGAUGGAGAAAUGUUUACUUUCCUCGCAACAUAUCAAGAUAAUUGGAAUGAGAUUCGGUGGGUUAGUUCUUCAAAGCCGACAAUUCAAUAUUCUGUAAUGGUUUUUGAAAUGUGGACAUUUCACUGUUUUUGAAUUCUCAAAUACCAAUAUGGACACUUAAAUACUUAAUAGUAUGAAAGGUCUGUUACUUCUCUGCUCA